UUCUGCUCUCUCUCUCUCUCUCUCUCUCUCUCUCUCUCUCUCUCUCUUCCACUUAAGUCUCUUCGCUUUCUUUUGAGCUCUUCUUCUUCAAAUUAACAAACUGCUGCACUCAUUUUCCGUUCUGGUAAUAGAAAACUCCAACUUAACUUAGCUCAGCCGUCAUCAAGGCGCCACCACGACAACAAAUCUUCCAUUUUUUUUCUUCCGGAGUCAUAAAAAUUCGAUUUUGAAUAAAGUUGAGAGCAGUUGAGCUUAUGAUUUCACCGACGGCGAUCACAUUUCUUUAAUUUCUCUGAUGCCGUAGCCGAAUGCGACAAAUGAACGAGAUUUUGGCGGGUUUCUGAUACUCUGUCUGAUUUCACCUGUAGCUUUUGUUGCAUAAUAUAUGGUGGGGAUUCUGAUUCCUCUGCUGCCAUGAGUUUCUAGGGUUUGGUCUGUUAUAAGCUGGGAAAGGGAGAAUGGUAGUUGAGAAUGGAUUCAACGAUGAAGAGAAGGGGGAGAGAAAUUGUGUUCUUGUUGGUUUCCAAAUUGAUGGCGAUGGAAGAGAAUUGCUUGGAUGGGCAAUCACAAAUCUUGCAGAAGAAGGCGACCGUUUGGUGGCUGUUAAUGUUUCCAGGAAUCAAGAUCUUAGCAGAGCUGGAACUCCCUCUUUGAUUAAAGUUUUAGAUGAUUGCCUGGCUGAGCAUGAGGAGCUCUGUAGGAGGAAGAAGAUCAUUCUUGCAGGCCGAGUCGCCCGGGGAAGCUCAAUUAAGAAAGUUUUGGUGAAGGAAGCUGAGAUUUGUUUAGCUAAGGCUGUGGUUGUUGGAGCAAACAAGAACUUCUCUUUAGGAGGUUAUGCUUCUCUAGCUAAGUAUUGUGCCAAGAAGCUCCCUUCAACCAUUGCUCUGAUUGCAGUUCACAAAGGGAAAAUAAUCUUCGAAAGGGCGGGAGCGGCGGCGGCGGCUAAACCACUCUCAGGAAGAGAGCACAAACCAAAUCUCCGAAGCUUCUUGCAUCCCAGUGUUGGUAUGGAUGCUGAAGUCAUUGAACCGAUUACCCGAUCUAAAUCAGAUGUGAAGAAUCCAAAACUAUACAAUUUCGGAGACAAAGUUGUGAAGCGGAUCAGAAAAGAGUCAAGGAAUUACUGCCUUCUUGAUCAUGAGAAGAUGAGAGAAAGAAAUGUAAGUUCAAUUUCAGUACUAGUUAAAAAGUUACCAGAAGCAAAGCCUGGUUGGCCGCUAUUGCGCAGAGCAGUGACAGCAAAUAUAGAGGCAUUGAAGGGAAGCGAAGCUCGAAAAAUGUCUGUGAUCCAUUGGGUCAUGAAGCUCCCUGAUAGAUCUUUGCCUGCUACACAGUCACAGUUUGAUCUAGUUAAAGAGCUCGAAAUAAUUCUGGAAAUGAAUUCUUCUUUUUGCAAAUUUUUUCAGUACGAGGAACUGCAGAAUUAUACCAGCUACUUCUCACCAGAAAAUCUGAUUGGGAAAGGAGGAAAUAGCCGAGUAUUCAAGGGCAGCCUUUCUGAUGGUCAGCAAGUGGCUAUAAAAUUAUCAAAGUUAUCUGAAGAAUCAUCAAGAGAUUUUCUUCUUGAGGUAGAUAUUGUCACCAGGCUUCAACAUGAUCGAGUCGUGCCAUUGAUUGGUAUCUGUGUUGAAGAUGACAAUCUUCUUUCAGUAUAUUCUUACUUCUCUAGAGGAAAUCUGGAAGAAAACCUUCAUGAUAAAAGAGCCAAGGCUGCACUAGAUUGGGACAGGAGGUUUAAGGUUGCGGUUGGAAUUGCCGAAGCGCUUAGCUAUCUACACGACGGCUAUUUGCGUCCCAUAAUUCACAGAGAUGUCAAGUCCUCUAACAUCCUUUUGUCAGAUGAUUACAACCCACAAUUAUCAGAUUUCGGCUUAGCCAUAUGGGCACCUACUAAUGCACCAUACCUAACUCAUAGUGAUGUUGUUGGAACAUUUGGAUAUUUAGCUCCUGAGUACUUUAUGCAUGGAAAAGUCAGUACCAAGGUUGAUGUUUAUGCGUUUGGAGUGGUUUUACUAGAGCUGCUGACAGGAAGAAGACCAAUCAAUGAUGACAGCCCCAAAGGGCAGGAGAGUUUGGUUAUGUGGGCCACACCAAUACUAGAAAGAGGAGAUAUCAUGGAGAUUAUCGAUCGAAAUCUGGAUGGAAAGUAUGAGGAGGUUCAGCUGCAAAGAAUGAUAAUGGCUGCUUCACUAUGCAUCAGAAGGGCAGCUCGUCGCCGGCCUCAGAUGCACCAGGUUGUUAAAAUUCUGCAAGGGGAAGAAGAGAUUAAGCCAUGGAUGAGUUAUGAUGUUAACAACAAUCUGACAGAACAAGAUUGGCAAGAUGAUGAAGCAUAUCCAGCUUCAAGCAUUGGAUCACAUUUAGGCCUUGCACUGCUUGAUGUGGAUGAUGAUGCUUCAGUAGUGAGCUUUGAGCAGAACAAUCUCAAAUCAUUGGAUGAAUACCUUCAAGAUAGAUGGAGUCGCUCCACAAGCUUUGAUUAGCUUCUUUCGUGGUUUCUGAUCAAACUGUUCUUUUAGUUUAGUAUUGCUAUAUGAACCAAAUAAUUUACACACAAAUUGGAUGGGGCUCGUCUUUGGUUUGGGAGGAUCAAUCAAAAUGAGAAACAGUGUUGAUUGAUUCACUAAGCUAACUGAAGAUUAUUAUUAUUUUUUUUUGUGUAAAUUUUUCUGGUGAGUAAAGCUUUGCUGGUUUUCUUUUUUUGUACA